AUGAAACUUGAAACAGUUGGGUUCUACACACAUUCACUGGCACUUAUUGCAGACGCUUUUCACUACUUAAAUGACUUGGCAGGGUUUGUCAUUGCACUGGUUGCAUUGAAGAACGGGGGGGAUUCCCCUCAGGGACUUUCCUUUGGAUGGCAACGGGCUCAACUCUUGGGGGCCUUUUUCAAUGGCGUUCUACUAUUUGCGCUGGGAAUCAGCAUAUUCCUACAAUCCAUCGAAAGAUUCAUUUCCCUGCAACGCAUCGAGGAGCCGAAAUUGGUCUUCAUCGUUGGUUGUAUCGGCCUAGGUCUUAACAUCAUCAGUGUACUUUUCCUUCACGAACACGGACACGAUUAUGAUCAUGGAAACAACAAUCACACAUCUCUGACAAUAGAAGAAGGGCUUUCGCCUAUCAGCAAAGACGAUUCCGAUUCCAUUUCAAAGCAUGAUGAUCAUAAACAUGUGCGCCUUGAAAAUCCCAACUCCCCAGUAUCUGGCCACUGUCACGAUCACGGUCACGGGCAUGGACAUGGACACGGGCACGACCACGGCGAUUUGGGGAUGAUGGGAGUCCUCGUACACGUCCUAUGCGACGCAGCUAACAAUCUCGGUGUCAUCGCUGCUGCGUUGGUUAUCUGGCUUGCGAAGUAUGACGGCAGAUACUAUGCCGACCCGGGUGUUAGCAUGGGAAUAGCCGUGAUGAUAAUUAUAUCUUCCCUCCCACUAGUGCGUCGAUCGGGUUCAAUCCUGCUGGAAAGCGCCCCCGUCGGUCUUGAUCUGAGUGAUGUGCAACAUGACCUUGAGAAGGUCCCAGGAGUUCAUUCGAUCCACGAGCUCCAUAUCUGGCGUUUGAACCAACGAAAAACUCUCGCUUCAGUGCAUGUUGUUGUGUCUGACCCUUCGGUCGCCGGUUUCCUCAAGACGGCUAAAAUAAUCAACCAGUGCUUCCAUGCGUAUGGUAUCCAUUCAGCCACUUUGCAGCCAGAGGCGUUAUCAGAGUUCAACGGUGAUGCUGUGCUCCCGCACGGGGAGAAGGUGGCGCGUUGUCAAAUCGGGUGUGGGACGCUGUGUGAGGGACUGACCUGUUGUGGAUGA